AGCUGUGCUCUUUCUCUUCCAGCCAUGGCUCUAAGCCCCACCCUCAUCUUCACUCUCGCUCUGAUUGGCUGCUGCGCUCUGGAGGACCCGCCCACUCUCCAGGCCCCGCCCCCUCCUCAUGGGUGUGGCUCUACAGUGGACCCGCCCUACAGAGUUCUGUGCGACCUGGAGUCUGUGUGGGGCGUGGUGCUGGAGGCCGUAGCGUGCGGUGGGACCAUAUCCGCUUUGAUUCUGGUCAUGAUUCUGUUAGCCAAGCUGAAAACGGUAACGGAACCGGAGAAACGGUGUGGCGUUGGUCCCCUCCUCCUCCUAUUGGCCGGAACGGUUGGCCUCUUCACCCUAUCGCUGGUGUUCUUGGUGGGGCGUGACGAGGUGCUCUGCAUGGUGCGGCGUGGCCUGUGGGGGGUGCUGUUCGCCAUGUGUUUCUCGUGUUUGCUAGUGCAGGGAGUGCGACUGAAGAAGCUAGCCGGAGGGAGGCGGAGCCUAGCGGGGAGUUCUCUCACCGGAUUGGCUGUCGCACUCACCGUGGUUCAAGGAAUCAUCGCUGGAGAGUGGCUGCUGCUUACGGUGGUCCGUGAGGGACACGCCGCCUGCGAUUACCUGCCUUUAGACUUCGUGUUGGUGUGCAGCUACGCUCUAGUGUUGUUGCUAGCCGCCACUGUGCUGUCGUUAGCCGUCGUGUUGUGCGGCGGGAGCAACCGAGAGGAGUCGAGCAGGAAGAGGAUGAAGUGGAGGUGUAACGCCGUCUGGCUUUUCCUCUCAUGUCUCUCUUCGCUUCUCCUCUGGGUCGCCUGGCUCGGUCUCUAUCUCUACGGCAACGCUGGCAUCAUGACCGCGGCGAAGGAUUGGGAUGAGCCGGCAUUGGCGGUUGCCUUGGUGACCGAGGGUUGGAUACUGUUGUUAUUUCACGCUAUCCCAGAAACACACCUGUGUUUGCGUCCGUCCGGUCAGAGGAACGCAGACUCCGGGCAGAACUACUACGACACCCCUCAGCCCCCGGCGGCGCAAAGUUACCAUGACGACGAGCGGCCAGCCAAUCCCAGAGCUCCGUUCACAGAGAGUCAGGCGUACACUGUAGAGGAGCACAGCGCAGUUCUGCAGGCUGGAGGUUAUCAUAACGGAUUGAUCCGGCCCGCAAUGCCCUUCAGGAGUCACGUUUACCAGCCCACUGAGAUGACACUGCUCAUGAAUGCAGGACAGAUCCCAACCGCCCCUCCAAACUUUACAGGGAGGCAUCUGUGGUGAGAGCGGCCACCAUGGCAAUAAUGUCCUCUUCUACUUCGGCUGGCUUCACAGGGUCGAAAGGCACUUUAUUACGGUUCCAUGUUAAUAAUUUGGGAAUGCUCCACUAAUAAAAAGACCUAAAGUAAAGCUGAUUUAAUUUAAUGGGCAUUUUCAACAUGGGAGCAGGCUAAUUUUGCACAUGAUCUCUUUUAAGUGCUUAAUACAAAAUACAGGACGCAUUACAUAUUUGAUAUCACACUGAUGAUGUCUGUUUAGAUUAAACGAAUCAGACAAAUCAUGAGCUGAUGAGGACCUGUCAGAAUUUACAUAAAAAGAUAAGUCCAUACGAAACGCCAUUCACAAGCCCAUUUUACUUACAAUGCAACAUUUCUGAGCGUAAGAGAAUAAUUGUUUAUGAUUAAUGGUUUAAAUCAU